AUGUAUGACGAUCAUGAGAUUACAAAUGACUGGUCUGCCCAGGAAACUGGGCUCUAUGAACAGGCCAUUCAGCCAUUUAUCCAUUAUCAACACAAAGUGAACCCACCGCCUUUCCGAGCAGGAGCGACACAUUUCACCUUCGACCACGGCGAUGUUUCAUUCUUUGUUAUGGAUAACAGGCGAUAUCGCUCUGGACCCGAGGUCAUAGAUGAGCAGUCGAGAACCAUGCUUGGCCCGCAGCAGUUAGCCGAUCUGAUAUACUGGCUAAAGAAUGAAAAGAAGUGGAAGGUACUAGUCAGUAGUGUGCCAUUCACACGAAAUUGGAGAGGAUCUUCCGACGAACGUGAUAGCUGGGCGGGCUAUCUAUUUGAGCGCCAACAGCUGCUAGAGAUAAUGUGGCAAACAGAAGGUGUUAUCAUUAUCAGCGGUGAUCGACAUGAGCACGCAACUACGUUAUUCCCUUCGCCGGAGAACAAGACAAACGUUAUUGAGUUUUCAACAAGUCCUUUGAGCCAAUUUUUUCAACCUUUGGAGCGGACAUAUAAGCAAGUCGAGAACACAGACGUGAAGGUAUACACUCAUGCGUGGGGCUCAUCAAAAUUUGGGGCACUAGAAUUCAACACGAUGGAUCAGACAUCACUAAAAGUACAUUUUGAUCUCAUCGUUGAUGGUCUUAAAGUCUGGAAAUUUGAUUGGUCGUUGAGCAAAGCAAUCUGA